AUGCGGCUCGCGGGCCUUUUCUUGAUUGGCCAAGGAUUUGGUAAUUCAAUUGAAAAUGUCACAUGUUCUGCUACUUCCGAAUGCGCUCAAUUUUUCGCGACGUGUGAAAAUAUUUCGGACGGUACUGGAAAUUGCCAAUGUGCAAGUAUCGCUUCGUUUGAGCUUGUGGAAGUUGAUCCUCCUCAAGACAUAGGAGGAACUCUCUACAGUCAUGUCUGCAAGCAGCUUUCUCCUUGCGAAAAGCUACAAAUCGAGCAAGGCGAAUGCCCCCUGCAUUCUAAUUGUAAACAAAGACAAACUGAAAGUGGCCAGAUGGACGCGUUUUGCGAGUGUCAUCCAGAGUUUGUUCCCUCCGACCCUUCUGCCUCCGCUGAAGUUGGGAUUGACGGAGUCACCUGCGAGCGAGUAGACGUUUGCGAAGAUUACGAUUGCUCCAGUGUUACGAAUUCAGGAUGCGUUGCUAGAGUAGACGAGCCAGAGUGCUUGUGUGAAAGCAAUUUCGACUCUUUUAAAGAAGUUAAUGGAACAUGGGAGAAAAUGAUGGGGGAUGACCAGUAUUUUCCGAAUACGGAAAUUAGUCGCAAAUGUGUUGCAAAAGUUCCAUGCUUUGAUGUUGAAUGUGGCUUCAGGCAAGUUUGUGUGAGAGAAGAAGUCAAUGGUAUUCCAUCAGGUAUGUGUGCUUGUGAGCAAGGAUACAAAGACGGUUCCAAAACAUCCGUCUCUCCCGACAAUAAAUUGACACUUAUUUGCAAGGACGUUGAUGAAUGCUCCAAUGAGGCUCUAAACAACUGCGCAGCGGGCCAAGACUGCACCAAUUCUGAAGGCUCUUUUUCGUGCUCCUGCUCUCCCGGGUGGCUUCCAAAUUCUGAUCCUUCAACAAAUGUUCUCGUUCCGUGCAUUCAGUGCUCAGGCCCUCAUGCAACGGAAUUCGAAGGAACUUGCACCUGCGCUGGUCCAGCCCAAAUCCAUGAUGAUGAUGCCUCCAUUUGCGAUUGCCCCAGCUCGAUGGCUUUGAGUGCUGAUGGAGAAAGCUGCGUUUCGUCCUGUAUUCACGAGCAUACAGUAUUAGAGAAUGGCCAGUGCGUUUGCGACCCGUCAAAAAAUAUGACAUGGAAUGAUGAUUUAGCCAGAUGUGGAUGCUCUCCUGGCUUUGUGCGAUCAAUCCUUGGCGACUGUCGACUUCCGGAGGAAAACUACCUAUCAUGGGGAAAAGCGUGGCAAGAUAAUUGCAAAAAUGGCAAGCGCUCGCGAGCGGUUUUUUCAAUCACUCCGAGGAAAAAGCUUUGGUUCCAAAUUCUUCCGAGUUUGAAAGAAAGAAUUUCGGUCGAGGAAGACUGUGGAAACUCGACUGCCAAGUGCACGGACUGGAAUGCUAUUUACGAUGAAACAACUGGCUUUUGUCGGUGCAAAGAUGGAUUUUUCGACUCAAAGCAAGGCUGUAUCCCGUGGACUCCAUUCGAAGCAAAUACAGUGAUUGUCGCUGAAUUAAAGAGGCGAAUGGGCAGUCUUUUCAAUUCAACAGAACUCGUCCAUACUUUCACUCCGAAGAAAAAACAAGGAAUCGACCGGUUUCUCGUGAAGACAGCUAAAAGAAUGUUCGACCCUGCAAAGGAAAAAGGAAAGCUAAAAAAGAGCUGUUCGAAAAAAUCUCUGAUUCUUCACGGAAAUGCUCCUGAUGAAAUCGAAUCAAUCUUCACUGAAUUCAAUGUUCUGAAGAACAAGCCUGACGGAGAUGUUUCCGUGGUCGAGGAUCUCGCUCGGGUUUUCGAUCGUUUUCAGCGACUCUACACUUGGAACUGCCCCGAAACUGGUUACGGGAAAUACCCGCUGAAUCCCACGCAUGAGACUGAUGUUGUUUGUCAAACGAGAGAAGAUCAAAAGAACUUUUUGAAAUGCCAGUUGCAUUACCGCUUUGACCGACUUGUCAAAGAUAUUGCGCCAACUAACCCUAUUGAUUGGUAA